UGGAGAGCGCACGCCUCUUUUGCGCUCUCCUAUAAAUUUUCCGUGGCGUAAUUAUUUCGCUCGGGAGUGAUUUUAAUGUUGAAUUUACAAUGACGCUUCGAAAGGGAUAUCUACAGGAAAAACAGUGAAUUAACCGCAUUUGUAGAUGUAAUUAUUGUGUGUGUAUCAUUAUUUUGUUGAAAUAAUGAGAACGUGGAUUUGAAUUAUUUAUAGACCUGCGGUUGAUAGAUAGGUGUCGCAGAUAUACGCCACCUGGGAGCUUUCAAGGAAAACGCUGUCUGUUAAAGGGCUGGCCUUUGGGAUAUAACAAAAUAAUGUAUAGUGGCAAUGACGACCUGUAUAGCCGAGUGGUUAGCGAUCCUACCUACUAAGCUCGAGUUCGAAUCCCGGUAGUGAUGCCGAAUGCUGUAACUACGGGGUUCCAGUGGGACAAGCUGUCUCCUGCAGAGUUUCAGCAGCUCCAGGAACUGACUUCCUAUUCUUCACGAAAACUUCAAGAUGUUCUCAACGAGUUCUGUGAAAUCAAGAAGCAAAGUCCUGAUGGGGAUAUUGACUAUGAAGGCUUCAAGUGGUUCCUGGAUACGUUCCUGGAGGUGUCCACCCCGGAUGAACUCUCCAGGCAUCUAUUCCUGUCGUUUGUCCGGAGGGAUAAAAGACCAGCGCUCCGGGAGAUGGCCGCGGCAAGUUCUACAGCGGCCUGCGCUGCUGUCACGGCACACGGUGACCAUCAAGGCAAGCUGAGUCUAGCAUCCAAGAUCCACGGUCUGGCAGAACGGAUACAGCAACUCGGCAGGAGUUCUGCUGACUCCCUCGAUGGAGAGAAGGGUUCAAGAAGUAGAACUGGCAGCGUGCACCCAAUGUUCUCAGUAACAACCCACCCUUCAUACUCUUCACACGAACUUGGCAUCGGAAGAAACGAGACCAGUCCGUCACACAGCCAGAUGUCCAGGAAUUCGAGCAGAAAAAGCAGUAAUUCACUGCGCGUUAACCAGUCUACUAAAAUUGAAGAUUUCAAAAACCUGAUUAAACGUUCAUCAAUGGUUGAAGUUCACACUGCCCGCGUAUGUCUCAAGGAUAUUGUGUGCUACCUCUCUCUCCUAGAAGCCGGAAGACCAGAAGAUAAGCUGGAGUUUAUGUUCCGCAUCUAUGACACAGACGGGAACGGCGUGCUCGACACCAACGAGAUGGACUGCAUUGUCAACCAGAUGAUGACAGUCGCUGAGUAUCUUGGAUGGGAGACAUCUGAGCUGAGACCUAUUCUUCAGGACAUGAUGGUGGAAAUCGACUACGAUGCUGACGGUACCGUGUCUUUGGACGAAUGGAAACGUGGCGGCAUGACCACCAUCCCUCUCCUGGUGCUGCUGGGUCUGGACACCAAUGUGAAGGAAGAUGGAGAGCACGCGUGGAGACUGAAGCAGUUCAACCGGCCAGCUUACUGUAAUUUAUGCCUCAACCUACUUGUUGGAUUGGGGAAGAAAGGCCUGUGCUGUAUUUUCUGCAAGUUCACAGUACACGAGCGUUGUGUCCAGCGAGCGCCUGCUUCCUGCAUCGCGACCUACUGCAAGAGUAGACGUGCACCCACAACGCUAGCACAUCAUUGGGUUGAAGGUAACUGCCACGGAAAAUGUGCAAGAUGUCGGAAAAAGAUAAAAGGCUACAACGGUAUCACAGGGCUGCACUGUCGAUGGUGUCACAUUACUUUGCACAACCGUUGCGUUGGUAGCGCUGGGGGUGCCUGCAGUCUUGGUCGACACGCCAAGCACAUCUUGCCACCGACUGCGAUACGACCUCUUGUCCUUGACCGACAGAGAUCGCUGCCUCAUAGGGCGCCAACUGACCAGCAAAGCAUUCCCGUAUCAAUAUCACUCCCAAUCUCAAUAUCAAACGUAGAAGACAAAACAGAGAGGCCGGAGCACCGCUCUCCACCCAUCUCAUUCCAGAUUACUCCUCCGGAAGGUUCAAAUCCUCUGCUGGUAUUUAUAAACCCGAAGUCCGGAGGUCGUCAAGGAUCCAGGGUACUUAGGAAGCUCCAGUAUAUACUAAAUCCGAGGCAGGUUCAUGAUAUCGCGAAAGGUGGACCCAUGCAAGGAUUGCAGAUGUUCAAGGAUGUAAAAGACUACAGGGUGAUAUGUUGUGGAGGAGAUGGCACAGUGGGCUGGGUUCUUGAAACUAUGGAUAAGAUUGAGAUGACAGAACGACCCACAGUGGGAGUGAUACCACUUGGAACUGGUAACGACCUGGCAAGGUGUCUGAAGUGGGGAGGAGGUUACGAAGGAGAGUCGAUACACAAGAUCUUGGACAAAAUAUCGCGAGCCACUACAGUUAUGAUGGACCGCUGGCAGAUACAGAUUGAAAAUUUGAAUCUUGAUUGUGAACAAGUUCAGAUGCCGGAAGCCAAGCCUCACCCGACGUCUGUUCCCUACACCAUUAUUAAUAACUACUUCUCUAUAGGAGUGGACGCGGCCAUAUGUGUUAAGUUUCACACGGAGCGCGAGAGAAACCCAGACAAGUUUAGCUCACGAAUGAAGAAUAAACUAUGGUACUUUGAGUUCGCGACUUCAGAGCAGUUCGCGGCCAGCUGCAAGAACCUGCACGAGAAUAUUGAUAUUGUUUGUGAUGGAAGUUCGCUAGAGUUAAGUAAAGGAGUUGCUCUCCAAGGAGUUGCGUUGCUGAAUAUCCCCUACGCACACGGAGGCUCAAACCUGUGGGGGGCCAGUGCGAGACCCAGGCCUGCGCGUCUCUCCACUGCACAGCAAGAUAUCGGUGACAAGCUAAUAGAAGUUAUUGGAUUGGAGAACUGCCUGCAUAUGGGACAAGUAAGAACAGGUCUUCGCGCAUCAGGAAGAAGGUUGGCACAAUGUAGCUCAGUCACCAUCACCACUAAACGAACGUUUCCCAUGCAGAUAGAUGGAGAACCGUGGAUGCAGACACCAUGCAAGAUAACAAUAACUCAUAAAAAUCAAGUUCCUAUGCUGAUGGGUCCACCGCCGCAGAAAGGGAGAGGUUUUUUCAGAUUAUUUACAAACUGCUAGCCGUCCCACUCACUCAUUCCUUUAAUUUAUAUUUACAUGAAAGAGAUAGAUGUUAAUUGCUUAUCGGUGGAUGUUAUAAAUGUCGCGUUAUUGUGAAUUUAUCGCGGAUUCCUUACUUUGGUGGUUUACAAAAGCAUAAUAAGACAAGAAAAAAAAAUAAGAUAUGAAAACUGCCAUUCUUUGAACACGAUAAAUGAUUCGUACUAUUAUUGGGUUCGUACUAUUAAGGCCCGCGUCCACUAGGCUUGCCGAGCUGAGUCGAAUUUAAUCGCAUAAAGUCGCCUCCUAUAUAUUUACUAAGAAACUGCGUCCAUCAGCGACUAGCCGCAGCGCGCCGCAUUAAAUCAACCUCUGGAAUUGCUCAAUAAAAUAAAUUUCUUCACCGGUGCGAUUCGUUUCGACUCGGCGCACCAAGAUAUUUUUAUUUUUUAAAUAUUUAUUUAUUUUUAUAUUAAUGUCGGGUACCCAGCAUUAAGGAGCACCCCUUUUCCUUUUUUAUUCUCCUCUUCUUCAUCAAAAAGUACUUGAAAUAAAAACAUCUCUUCAUCCGAACUGUCCAUAACGCAUAUACGACCUAAUUUGAUGUAUUACUUACGAUUAAUGAACAAUUAGAUUCGGUUCCUCAGAGAUUCGCUUCGAUUAACGCGUUUCUGCUGUAAUCGACGCCAGGCUUAACAAGAUAUAUUGACGAUUACCCAUUUUUAUACUAAUUAUUGAAUAAUAUACAUAUAAAUAAAUAUAUUUAUUUGACAUUGUUAAUUUAGCUGUUACAGGUCAAAAGCUCUUACCAAAUAAAUUAGAGUAGCACUAAACGGCGUCAUAAACGGGUACAACGACUUAACCGUUAUCACUAAAUAAAUCUAAAACUUAAAGUAAAUGAUCGAAAUUUUUUAUUUUUCCAAAAAAGAAAUUAUAGAUCUAAAUUCUAAUAUAUAAAAUUCUCGUGUCAUGGUAUUAAACAUUGAACUUCUCCGAAGCGGCUUGACCGAUUCUUAUGAAAUUUUGAGUGCAUAUUGGGUAGGUCUGAGAAUCGGACAACAUCUAUUUUUCAUCCCCCUAAAUAUUAAGGGUGGUCCACACGAUUUUUUUUUUACUUUUUUUUUAAGUUUGAUUAUGAGUCAGUAUUAAAAAAUACAUACAACUUUAAAUUUUCACCCAUCUACGGUCAACAUUUACUUUUGUAUCGCGAUUUUAAUAUCGGCAAUACAACGUUUGUUGGGUCAGCUAGUAUAUAUUAUAAAUCUAAAUUUUAAUCAACUGACGUGGGCGCUACUCAUCUCGGAAUUCUGAACGGCUACGGGGCGGCGUUGGUAUUAUUUUGAUUUUGUUCAGAAGUUUAUCUGAACUGCUAUUUUCUGUUAAAUAUGUCAUUUAAACGAAGACGAUUUCGGUAAAGAAUAUGUGUCCAAGGUACACCGUCAUACAUAUCUUUUUUGUUUUAACUAUUAAAACACAUAUAGGUAUGAAAUAUACAUUUUUUAUAAUUUGGUGAUGAAUACUCAAAUAAUAGACCUUUCAAAAUGUGCAAUAUGGUUUGUGUACAGUACGUCAAAUAAAAAAAAAUAGAUAUCUAAAAAACUGUCCUAGGUACAACAGGUUCCCCUAUAUCUAAUCUCACCCCGACAUUAUAUAAAUCAUUUUAUAUUUACUAUAUUUACGUACCUUAAGUUGAUUUCAGAUUUCAUUUCAUCAUUUCUAGAUAGAUAGGCAAACUGACUUAUUGAAUUUUUAGGCAUUUCUUUCUCCUACUUAAAAUUUUCUCUUUCAUUCUCCGUCAAAUAUUAUUAUAUAUUUAACGGUAAACCAUUAACUCUUUAUUUACACCGAGCAAAUAUUCUCGGUAAAUGGCUUUAUAAAUCACCGACGCAAGUGAUUCUAGUCAAGUGACGUCAGUUCUAAUAUCAUGGUUGCAGUCUUGUUAUCUAUGGGCCUACCUUCAAAAACAGUGCUCUAUUCAUUAACCGCUACUAUAUACCACUGGACUGGCGGCUGUCAAAGUGCUUUUGUGCCUGUUUGAUAUUCGCCAUUUUGGCACUGUUGGCCAUUAGUGAGAGUCUGCGGUACUAACUGACAGUACAAACUAGUGAUGACAACCUCAGCAAACAUCGAUAGAUGAUGGGAAAAUAUUUACAAAAAGAAAAUUGUAUACUUUGACGUUGAUUCUUUUCUUCUAUUUGAAAUUAAUUCAAAAUGCAAAAAUACUUCAGAGUAUUGUACGUUCCUUAGCAGUCAUUUGUAUUAUGCGUCAAAAUUAGUUCUCUCGCUUAGGACGCCCACGAGUGGCACUUCAAAUAGAUACAAAAAUUUGCUGUCAAAGAUAUGAAACAGCAUGUCCAGUGGGUAUUUACUAUUUAAACAGGUCAAUACUGAAACUGUAUUACCGUGAUAUUAGUAUCUGUCGGGGUAUGAUAUACAGGCAAUGGCAUAGUCAGCCGGAAGAGGUGUAAUUAUAAAAUAAAGUCUGCCCUAUUCGCGGUAGUAGUAUAGUAUAAUGGUGUUGCCUAUAUAUCAUACUUACUUUUAUUAUUAGAAGCGUUUAUUCUUCGAUCAUAGAUAUAUUGCGACAAAGAUUACAAUAUCAAUAAGUAUAACUAAGCUAAAUAAACUGACAUCUUUAUAUAAGUUAAGUAAUUUGUAAAACUUGAGUAACGAACUGCGAUUUAAAAUAAUAAUACACUAAACUAAAACCAACAGCUUAUUUUUAGUGACUUAGAGCCACGAAAUUUAUGAAAUUUAAGCAACCAAUCUCACAUCACAUGUAGAAUUAGAAUUCUGUGAAUCCUAAACAGGUAUAAUAUGAUCGAGGUAUAAAUCUAUGCAUUAAACUAAGUGUUAUGUUUAAGAAUAUAAUCCUGCCACAAAAAAAUUAAUAGUGAAUAUACUAUGUAAUGUUAAUAACAUGUUUUCCGUUAUCUCGACGCUCACGGGAAACGGGAAAUACUUUAAAUGUAUGGGGCCAUAAAACUCACAAAUUAAUAUAUUGUACCCCCGAUACUUAAAAGUGAUAAUAUUAUGACGUAUCAUAAGCGUAUAUAAGCUGAGGUUAUCACCUACCAAGAUCGUCGAUGGCUUACAUAAACUACAGAGUAGAAUCUAGAAAAUAGUUGUCUUAAAUGUUCAUUAUUUUAUAUUAUAUAUUCGACUUUGAAUGUUUUUUUUUUGUAUAUUUAGCGCGUCGCGUAACAAAACCAACGCAAGCUUUAAUAGUAUUAAGAAUGUUAUUUAAAUAUAUUAUAUUAAAUUAUUGGUAAAAAUAUAUGUGCAUUGAAAAUUAUUAAA